GGGGGGGGGUGAUGCGGGGCUGGGCGGGCGGAGGGCAGGGGGGCUCGGGCCCGGAGCGGUGAUGCGCGGAGCGGCCGAUGGUGUGUUGGCGGCCAGCGGUGUCUGUGUAGCUCCUGCGGGAGGGAGGAGGAAGAGGAGGAGGAGGAAGAUGGAGCAGCGGCGGGGCCCCGAGCCGGGCCGGGCGCACGGCAGGUAGCCCAGCGGGAGGCACGGAGCAGCGCGGUGCGCAGUGCUGGAAAUACACCCGGACAGCAGUACGCGGUUUGCAGGCACAGCGGGGAGGACCGGCUGCUCUGUGCGCUCCCCAGCUUGGAAUUGAUCUCACCAGAUGUUGUGGAGCAGAGUCUUAAAACCCAACUCCCUGCACAUCUCAGUGCGAAUCCACCAACGCCGGGUCGCUGGAUUUUGCAAUAUUAAUAAUAAAAGAAACCAUUCCAUGAUAAAAAGCAUCCCAUCUCUUUCCAAAUGCCUACAGAGCUGUAGUUUGGGGAGAUGUCGAUUAUUUUGCUUACUGACGUAUCGUCUGUAUAGAGCGUAAAUGGAAAGCCUGGACAGUUAAGAAACCUCAUAACUCUAAAUUCUAGAGACCUCAGGGUAGAUCACCCGUGUUUAGUGUGGAAUAUAUCACUGAAUGCUGUGCAGUGGGAAACCCCAAUCCUGACAGCAGUUUCUUCCAUGAUCCGGAACGAUGUGAGCUUUGUUGUAACCCCAAACACGAGCUCCUUGCUGCAGUGCAUGGCUGUGAUGGAGGUGAUGUCAUUGGGAACAGAGGAACCUUUAGGAAGGCAGCAUAGAUGCAGGAUGUGGCACCUGGUUGCGCAGCACUGACAUCAUAACCACACAUUAGUAGGUCUGAAUUUCACUCCCUUUCCUUUCAGAACACAUUUUCUCUCUUUACAAGGCCUUCAUGCUGGCCAUGAGCUGCUCAUAACAAAUAGUGUUUCUUCUUAGUCUGCAUCCAUCACCCCUUGGCUGCACCUUACUGCUGUUUAUACACAUUCCAUUGGCUGUCCUUGUCUCUCCAUGCCCGUUCCUCAGCUCCCCGUGUUUCCUGGUGUUUCUAUGGCAUUUCCCAUAGAAGGAGAAAAGCUCCAUUUCUGUCAGCUCUGCUCUGACCCAGGAGCUGGAAUGUUCCAAUCGCAUCCAUCGGGUUUUAUUCAACCCCUCGUAUUCAAUGCUUCCUCGUAGGACCAACCUCUUCCCUUUAACUCUUUGCCUUCAACACAUUGUCAUGGAUUAUUUUCCUUCCCUUUAACGCACGGAGGAAUAAACACCGUGUUCAGUUUCACCACGCGGAGGGGGAAAUACCCUCAUUUCUGGCUGAUACAGCACUUUGGAGUCUUCUGUGGGUCUUUUCCUGCUUGGCAAGGAAGCCGUUGGUUGGGCUGGAUAUCCCAGCGGUCAUUUCCAGCCCUAAUGAUUUGGGCACACAGCGGCUCCUCGCUGCUCCGUAACACCGACACGUGCCGGCAUCCCGUAACGCCGGUUGUGCCGGUACCGGAGCGGGGCUGACGUUGCGAUCCGGAGCUCCGGGGUUGGACCGAUCCCUCCCCUGCAGCAUCCCGCCGCCAUUUGCUCAUAGCUCGGUUCUCCCCGCCCGCUCCGGGGCUGGAGCAGCCGAGGUUCUGCCUCCUGCCCGCCCCACGCCCGGCCCCGGCCCCGGCCUGUCUGCCUGGGGCUGUUCCCCCACCCUGAGGGCGUCGGGGUGCGGAGCCGGGCGGUCUGAGCCGUCCUCACCCCGAGCAGCUGUGCCGGGGACCGGCGGUGCGGGUGAGCGCUGUGGCAUCUGUAUUUCGUGCACCGCUCUUCGGUAAUGCCCUACAGCACGCAGCCAACUUGUUGGCACAGCGAGUGGUGACAGAGAGAGAAGCUCCGCGGCUCGGCCGGCCAUGGAGGGCACCAGGCAGAGCAGGAUCUGCCGCCCGCACAAGAUCAGCGAAUCCUCCAAGGUGUACAGAUGGGAUGACCACUCCAGUCUGGUUCUUCAGAGUCUGAAUGAACAGAGGCACCGAGGCCUCUUCUGUGAUAUUGUCCUUGUCGUGGAUGAGCAGAGAGUCCCUGCCCAUCGCAACCUCCUGGCUGUUUGCAGCGACUACUUCAACUCUAUGUUCACCAUUGGUAUGCGAGAAGCUCAUCAAAAAGAAGUUGAACUUUUUGGAGCCUCUUACAUUGGUCUCAAGGCUGUGGUGGACUUCCUUUAUGGAAGUGAGCUGUCCUUGGACGGAGGCAAUAUUGAUUACGUGCUCGAAACUGCUCAUCUGCUGCAGAUCUGGAAGGUUGUGGACUUCUGUUGUGAGUAUCUUGAGAAUGAAGUCAGCGAGGAGAACUAUUUGUACUUACAAGAGCUGGCCUCUAUCUACAACCUGAAGCGCCUUGACUCCUACAUUGACUCUUUCAUCCUGCAGAACUUUGGCACGCUGUCUUUCACUCCAGACUUCCUGCAGAACAUUUCCUUGCAGAAGUUGUGCCAGUACCUGGACAGCAGCAACGUGCAGCAGGAGUGUGAGCAUGAUCUGCUGCAGGCUGCCUUGCAGUGGCUUACCCAGUACCCAGAAAGGGAGAACGAGGCUUACCAGGUUCUGGAUAACAUUCACUUUCCCUUGAUACCUAAAAGCGAUCUCCUCCAUCGAGUCAAGCCUGCUGUGUGUUCUCUUCUUCCCAAAGAAGCAAACUGUGAGGGCUUCAUAGAAGAAGCAGUGAACUACCAUAACAACGUCACUGCUCAGCCAGUGCUGCAAAACAAGCGGACAGCUCUGCGGACCUGUGAGGAAAGGCUCCUCUUUGUUGGGGGGGAGGUUUCUGAACGGUGCCUAGAACUGAGUGAUGAUACUUGUUUCUUGGAUGUCAGAAAGGGGCAGUGGGUUGCAGAGACCCCUCUCCCGGCCAGACGAAGUCACCACUGUGUUGCAGUCUUGGGAGGCUUCAUCUUCAUAGCAGGAGGCAGCUUUUCAAGAGACAACGGAGGGGAUGCAGCUUCAAAUCUCCUUUAUAGGUAUGAUCCCCGCUGUAACCAGUGGAUAAAGGUUGCCUCCAUGAGACAACGUCGUGUGGAUUUCUACCUGGGAGCUAUAACCGACAUGCUGGUAGCUGUUGGUGGCAGGAAUGAAAAUGGGGCUCUUUCUUCAGUGGAGACUUAUAGUCCUCAGAAGGAUUCGUGGUCCUAUAUUGCAGGUUUGCCAAGGUUUACUUAUGGCCAUGCUGGAACGGUCUACAAGGAAUUUGUGUACAUUUCAGGUGGCCAUGAUUACCAAAUUGGCCCGUACAGAAAAAACCUGCUGUGUUACGAUUACCGCACUGAUGUCUGGGAGGAGAAGAGACCGAUGAUCACUGCCCGGGGGUGGCACAGCAUGUGUACCUUACAGGACAAUAUCUAUUCUAUCGGUGGCAGUGAUGACAACAUAGAAACCAUGGCUCGUUUUGAUAUUCUGAGCGUGGAGUCGUACAGCCCUCAAUGUAACCAGUGGACCAGAGUUGCUCCUCUGCUGCAAGCUAACAGUGAGUCAGGGGUGGCUGUCUGGGAAGGCAAAAUUUAUAUACUUGGAGGCUACAGCUGGGAAGAAACAGUCUUCUCCAAAACAGUCCAAGUUUAUGAUAAGGAGAAAAAUAAGUGGUACAAAGGAACUGAUCUACCCAAAGCAAUUGCUGGCGUGUCUGCAUGCGUCUGUGCAUUGAAACCCAAAACAGAGGACAAAAAGAAAAAGACAAAAACAAAAAAGCACCAAGAUCGAGGAAGAUGACUGCUCCUGGAUAAGCCCCCUUUAAUGGUGGACUCCCAAAGACCCUUGUAUUUAUCAUUUCUUUCUAACCCCGAUUCUCUAUUUUUCUUUUUAAAUGGGGGGGGAAAAAGGUAUCUUCUGAAGCCUCACAGACAUACAGUUGAAUGUGGAUUUUUGGAUUAAGCUCACUUUGAAGGUAAAAAAACAAGAAUAAAAAUCCCCCAAAUCUCUCCUCACCUAUAAGGGGUGAUGUGGUGAGAGGUUGUGCUGAUCUCCUGAAAGCUGAGGAUUAAUCUUUUGUCACCUGUGGUUCUUGGCAUUUUCACACACGUCCUAUUAUGCUGACAUUUGUAUAAUGAGGUUGAAUCUGUGGCUGGGAUUAUAAUGACAAAGGUGAGAGGCAGAGUAGAAAGUGAUGAGUUUUACGCUAAGGAGCAAUUUAAAGGAGCUCAGAAGCCACUGCUAAGAAAAAGAUGAAAUGGGUCUUCAAUGUUGUAAAUCUUGAGUGGGUUUUUUUGGUUUGGUUUGUUUUUUUGUAACAUUAGAUUCCAUUUACAUUACAUUUUUGAGUUGUAAGUAUCAGAUUUCUGGAACAUUUCGGCAUUCAGAGAAAGUAUUUCCUUAGAUGAAUGCAGGUCAGAUCAGCUUGAAGAGCGAGUAGCUCCACUGUACUCUUUAGAUUAAGAAGGCCUUGUUGUGUGGCCAGAGAAUAGAUGAGGGCUGACCUGGGCUUGGAUUGAUAGCGUUGUGGACUUUGAAAUCUGGGGGAGGUGAUAUGAAUUUUGCAUCCGUUGUUGCAACACUUUCCCUAUCUAGAUAGGAGAGCGAGUUUUUCUUAGGCUUUAAAACAUGCCCUGCAAUGAGGAAAAGGAACUAUUAGAGCAGCGGAAAAAACAGUUGAGGAUUUGGAUGGAAACUGUAGAGUUUUCACUGAGCUUUAAAGCAGUUGGAACUAAAAGAGUUCACCAUGAAUUUGGGGACUCUCCAAUAGGGUUCCAAGGAGUGAGGAAAUGAUAGGAUCCUGUAGGUGAGCACGAGUCCUUCCCCAGCCCUGCCAGGCUGUAUGAGCUGGGAUUUGCUUCAUUUGACUUGGAGCUCACAGCAGUCACAGCCAAUAGCUGGUGUUGAGCAGGGGCCAGAUUUGCCUUCUGUCAAACAGCAGAGUGAUCAGGGUGAUAAACUGGGGUUUGUAAUCCUGAGGAAGAGAAACUUGAUGUUUUUACCUUAGCGAACAGCUCAUGCUUUCCUUGUCUUGCAAAUUCAAACUGGCUUUUCCUGAGAAUUGCCUUUUCUGAUAGGUUUUGCCAGGAUUCCAAGCCACGUUUCACCAAGCUUGCAGCAGAACACCUUCCCCAGCGAGGCAGGUCCCAUAGGAAGAAACCUAAAACAUGCUCAGGACUGCAUAUAGGAUCCAGACAGUGGGACUGAACUGAACAUUGUUAGAUCCUCUGUCUCACGCUGUUCUCUGCACACCAAGUAAAGAGAUUUCUGACCCAAGUGUUAGUUCACCCUCUACAAACACAGCUGAUUGUGCUGUAGAUAAUAAAAUUCCCCGACUGGCUGGCUGGCUGUCAGGCAUUCACCCUGGGGCAUUUUACACUCUGAUUUGCAAGGAGUUGAUCACCAGCAAUCUGAUACAACCACUUUAGUUAUUCUUAUAAUGCCGGGCCACAGAUUAAUAUUUCUUCUUCCCAAAAAGAGUAAGUUUUUAGAGACUUUUUAAAAACUUUUGUACUUUUUAUAACGCAUUUUGCUAACUCAGUCUUGUUUGCCGUGUAAUAUAUUAGUACAGGAGCUACUGCUCUGUAAUUGUGGCCCCAUAGCUGCCAUUGAGAACUCAUAAUUGGAUGGAUCUUUUAGUCUUUGUGUAGUUGGUUGGGAUGUGAUGCAGCUGUCAGAGCAGCAUUUACAUUCUCAGCAUAGUCAGGCAGUCAGCUAUAACUGUAACCAUUGUACGGCCUCUUCACUGAUAGUCCAGCUCACCAGACAUGCGAAUAAACACACUUUAUUUUCAGCCAUUGGGGAUCUGCUGAGUGGUUCGGUUUAAAAUUCUGCUGGAGAAGUAUUGAUUCUAGUUUUGUUCUUGUUUUUCAGUGCUUCCUUUCACAUCAUUCCUGUGCACCAUAACCAUGUAUUUCAGAUUUGCCUUUUUCUUUCCAUGCGUUGUGCACAGAGUUGAUAUCCUGCUCAUUUCCUGCUACACUCUGGUUUCUGCUCAUGGGAUUUUUGUUGGUUGUUUUUGCUUGGUUGGGCUUCGGGUUUGUUUUUUUUUUUAGCAACUAUUUACCUCAUUAAUUGGAAAACACUAAGAAAACAUUUUUGCACUUAAUGCCAUUUGAAGCUCUUGUAAUUUAGAGAGCUCUUAGGACUUCUUUGUAUUGAAAGACGUACUUCUGAAUGCACUUCUGGAGUGCAAGGAAGUGACCGGAGUCUUCUUAGGUGCUCAAAAAUGAUGGAGGAAAAUGAGCUUAAAUGACUUUUUGGAAACUCCUUGUGGUUUUGCAUUUAUUUGUUUAAGGGGAAAAAAAAAAGCUGAAGUAGUUAAUCUCAUUUGCAUUAAUGAAUUUGUUCUAAAGCCUUUGUACACUGCAUGAGGUAAUCAUCUUUUUUUUUAAUUCUAAAACUAAUUAAAAUUUGGUUAUGACAAACAUUAAUGAGUUGCGAGGAUUUUUUUUUACAUCUAUCUAAAAUCCCAGCUGUGUUGACUGAGAGCUGUUUAACUUUAUGGGGCAUUUUCAUGUGUAAGUACAGAAGAAAUGUCAAGGAGUUGCUUUGUUUUUUGUUAAUGGGUUUUGCUUGUUCCUAUAUUUCCUCUGCCCUCCUUCCCAUUUAAUUGUGUUUGUGUAAUACAUUAACGCCUGGAAAAAAAUAAAUCCAGCUUAGAAUAUUGUAUUCA